GGAUGCACACAGACUCGUCGAGGCUCGAUGAAAACUCGGCGUCCUCGUGGCAACUGGUGCACUCGGUAUUCGAAGGUCCUGAACAAGUUAGGCAGGAGUAAUGGCAGCUGGAGCACACUGCCUUUGACUCGUCAGAAACGCCAAGAGGAGGCAAUAGAGGUGGAUGCGCUUCUGGACGAUUUCGAGCGGGUCGAAUCUCCUCGAGAAUGGAAAUUGCCUGGGAAAUUGUGGUUCGUGUUGAAACAUUCACGAGUGUAUCGAGGGCAAUGCAGGCUCUCUCUUUUUUCUCUACGAUUGGUCGAGUGUUAAGAUGGAUUUAAAGGAGGAAGAGAAGCCAGUUUGGAAGGCAAUGCGUCUUCAAAUUAGAAGAGCGGAUCGGUGUGGAGAACAUACCGCCGGAACCAUAUCUUAUGGAGGAUUACAUCUAUCGGUCGCAUAAUGAUGCUGCGGUGCAAAUGGCUCCACAAUUCGCGGCCCACGAGGCGCAAACAAUAAGAAAGCCUAUAGUCAAUACAGGAAUGUAUCACGAGGAAGGUGGUUGGCCAAAAGAGGUGAACUACCGAGAUGUCGAAGUUACUCAAAGAUAUCGUCGACGUGUGGAAAAGGAUGAUAUUUGGGCACCAAGUAUGAGGAGACUUCUCUCGAUGAUGGAGCAUUGCGUUCUUGAAAACAAUACUAUGAACAUCUACGAAAACUUCUUCGACGAUUUGAUUCCCACGCGUAUGGCCAAAGAGUACAAUCUUAGGGUUGUAAAUUUGUUCGAAGACCCAGAGGCGAAGACAAGGCCGAUCAGGCAUUUAUCGUGGUCUCCAAACAACUCGGAUAGAUUGGCAGCUGCGUACGCGUAUUACGAAUUCGAGAGAGAGGGGACCACCGACUUAAGUCCGUACUCCUAUGUAUGGGAUAUUGAGAAUCCGAACAAAGCUCUGUACACGUUGAAGUCACAAAUCCCGUUAAUGACGGUCGAGUUUAAUCCUCGUGAUCACGUAGUGUUAGUCAGCGGUCUCAUGAAUGGCCAGGUGUGUUACUGGGAUUUGCGAACCGGUGAAAAUCCUAUAAGCACCUCUCAUGAGUAUGUCAGUCACAGACAUCCAGCGAUCCAGGUCCUUUGGAUACCGAGCAAAACCUGCACCGAUGUUUUCUCCGCCUCCACCGAUGGCUUGGUCUUGUGGUGGGACAUAAGGUUUCCGAAAAAACCGACUGAUAAAUUGGUGAUGGACCUCGACGACCCGAAAAGGGGAAAUGUAUACAAAGCGACCGGCAUCACCUCCCUUCAAUUCGAACAAACGAUGAGCAGCAGAUUCUUGGCUGGUACCGAGAACGGUAUCGUCGUGAAUGUGAACAGAAGGACCGACAAUCCGGUGGAGAAAUUGUUGGUCAGAUUCGAGUGUUACGCGGGGCCCGUGCUCGCCAUCGAUCGAAAUCCUGUUUACACGAAGAACUUUUUGACGGUCGGCAAUUGGUCCGCUAAAUUAUGGGCGGAUGACACGAAGGAAGGAAAUUUAUUUAGCAUUCGCGAACAAACUGUCGAUCUAACCGGUGGAUGUUGGAGUAAAUCCAGGUGUUCCGUAUUCUUCACCAUAAACACAGAAGGUUUAUUGGAGGUGUACGAUAUUCUGCUGGGUAUGGAUAAACCAUUGAUUGAUAUUCGUCUGUGUCUCGAUAAGCUAACCGCGAUCAGCUCCCACGAUGAUGGCGAGUUCUUGGCUGUUGGAAGUCAAAAGGGCAACGUGUAUCUGUUGGAGUGCACGAAGGAUCUUACUACGAUCACGAAAGAAGACAGAAUCGCCUUGAACAAUUAUUUGGACAGGUGUGGCAAAUACGAGAGGGCGAUCGACAAUCGUAUGAAAGAAAUUCGCCUGGCCCAUCAUGAAGUUGACGAAACGCAUGUGCACGACGUGAAAAAACCCAGAAGAAGAGAGGCCAAGAAGAAAGAGAAACAUCCGGAGAAGGAAAAGGAAAAGAACAAGGAGAAAGAAAAGGACAAGGAAAAGAAUAAAGAAAGGAAAAGAUCAAGACUCUCGAGGGUUAGAAAGAGCAUUCCCAAAAUCAGCGCUCCUGAACUCACCAAGGCGGAGACGGAAUACUGCCGCGUUAUCGACGAGAUAAUGCGCAAAUUCAUGCCACUCGAUGAAGAAGACGUGGAAGCGGCGCAGCCAUUGUUAGUAGACAGAACGAUGGUCCUUCGUCCCGAGGAGGAGGAAGAAGUGGAAAAGGAAGAGGCGAAGAAGGUACGAUCGGUAAGGAGGAUCAGGAGUCGGCCGAAAGUAGAAAAGCCGGUUAAAAAAAUUGUGGAGAAACCGGAAGUCAAAGAAGAGGAGAAAUUGGAACUGGAAUUAGAAAAAAAGAAGAAGGAAAAAAGGAUACGGCCAAAGAAGAUUCUGAAGAAGAUUUGCCCGGAACCAUGCAUACCGGAAAUUUGUUGCGCCGAUAUGGAAGAAAAAUUGAAACAGGAGCUGGAGGAGAAGAAAAAGGAGGAGAAGAGAUUGAAGGAAGAUGCGAUCGACAGAACGAAGCCGUUCAUGAUAGAUAACAAGUGGUACAAACGAUUGACCGAUUACAUUAUUCACAUUCCACCACCGACGCGCGCGUUCAAGAGGAAAAUCCUGAUGAUGAAGAACGCGCCGCCAUACGUGCUUCGAAAAGAGCUCACCAAGGCGAAGAAAGAGCUUCGCGACUGGCAGGAGCGUGCGAUCGCGAAGAAAUUGAGCACCUGGACCGUGGCGGAGAAGCUGUUGGCGCCGCCUGUGAAAGUGCUGAAGGAGGUGCCGGAUGAGGACGAGAAAUCUAUUAAAUCGGAGGAUCUGAGGGAGAAAGAGCCUCACGUCGUAAAGAGAAUCAUUUCGAAGAGGGUCAGGCCGCCGAAAAAACCGGUGGAACCGACUAAGGAGGAGCUCGAGCAGAAGAAGAAACAGGAACAGAUGGAAAUGUGGAAUUUAAUGAAGCAGAAAGUGACGAAGUUCGACAUAGUGAAGAAGAGGUUCUAUCCGCGGAUAUCGGCCGUCCUCGUGCACGAGAACGACAUGAAGAAGCCAGACGAGGAACAGCCGAAGGAGUAGAAUGGGAUAAAAUUUCGAUCGACUAAAUAUUUAAAAAAAAAUCGAUAUUUUGGAAUCAUUUUUGAAAAUCGAAUGGGUAAAUUCAUCGGUAAA